AUGUGCCUGGGAAUUACUUCAGUAUAUCACCAUCCUGCCCACGAUGCAUCACUUUUCAAAAUACCACAUCCGGUCCUAUUCGUCUAUCAUUUAAGGCUUCUAGGGAAGAGGGAUGACUCUGUCGCUGCUGACUUCUUGAGCCAGAAACCUUUAUCUAAACGAUUGUCAGAUCGCGCUCGGCUCGGCACACACGAACCCUACCAACGACCCACUUUGCGUAGAACUUUGGUUAUGGCAGAAUCGAGUGAGGCUGGUGAGUUUUCUCGCCCUCUUGGCAGGGCACCCCAACGACGCUCGGUUCGCCCUUCAAGAACUUUACGUGACUCCGCAAAGUGGACGUACUAUAGCUUAGCAGACGUAGACGAGGACGCGGCUGGAGCGGACGCUGUGAUUGCUCGAAACCUAAUGGCAGAACUGGCACAACGUAAGACCGAUUCGACUUCAGACUCUGCAACAUCAAGUGAGUCGGCAUAUAGUAUUAAAUGA